GUGCUGCCGCGGCGGCCAUGGCGGGGCCGGGGCUGAGCGAGCGGGAGCGGGCGGGCUGCCGGGCCCUGCUGGAGCUGCUGAGCACCGAGGAGCUCAUGGCGCUCACCGACACCGUCACCAGCCGCAUGGUGCACCCGGAGAGCCGGCAAGAAGCCAUUCACGCCAUUCUGGUUUACAGCCAGAACGUGGAAGAACUUCUGAGGCGCAGGAAGGUCUAUCGAGAAAUAAUCUUUAAGUAUUUGGCAGCACAAGGAAUUCCGGUCCCUCCUUCCCUGGAGAAACAUCUGCUCAUUGACCGUGUGAGGCAGUUCUGGGGUGGGCAGCUCUCAGCUCGAGCCUCGGAGUCGGGGCACACAAAACCACACACAGAGAGUCAUGGAGAGGGAGGAAAGUCACCACAAGAUGACAUCGGUGGUCUGGGAGGACAGUUCUGUCAGUGGUACUUUGAACUCCUGAACUCUCAACAUCCCUUGGGAGUAAAAUCUGAAGAUACAUGGGGACCACAGCAUUUCUGGGAGGAUGCCAGGAUGAAAUUCUGCUACAACACUUCGGAAAAGAACAUGGAGCAGUACGUUGGUGCAGACAUGGUGAGCCUGCGGCUGCUCUCCCUGGUGAAAGAGGAAUGUCUCCUCUUCAACCCCAACCUGCACGGCAAUGGCCUCAAAUAUGCCAUGUCUCCUCAUGGCUUGGUGCUGGUGGCAGUGGCUGGCACAGUGCACAGAGACAACACCUGUUUGGGCAUCUUUGAGCAAAUCUUUGGACUCAUCAGCUGCCCCGUCAGGAAUAACACCUGGAAAAUAAAACUCGUGAAUCUUAAAAUAGUGGGACAGAACGCUCUGGAGCCUGGGAUGCAGAUUGAGAAACCCUCCAUAAAAUAUGAGCUGAACCAACUGAGAGAGUUCUAUGAUGGGAAGGAACUGACCGUGUUUGAACCUCAGAAAUUCUGAGAUUUCUCAGAAAUUUUUUCGCACUGGGUGAGGGGUGGAUGCUUGGCACCCUUUUCUGAGUAAGAUUUUCUGGGUGGCACACUGAGAUACAGAGUCUAAAGUAUUAACACAGGGGAUACUUGUGGGCACCUUUCCAAGAGCUAUCCCAUAUUUCAGAGUAUUACUUCAGGUUUUGCACUGUAGAGUGGAGUUAUUCCUGGUUACAAACAUAUUUGGUUAUUCCUGGUACAAAACGUGGUUACAUUUCACUGUGGGCUGGCAGGAGGAUGGAACAGAGACCUGGGGUUCACAAACUGCACAUUCCUUCUCUUCAGGACACCAGUUUAAACUCUUACCUGAGAUGGAGUAGGAAGUCAUUGCACUUGACUUUGGGAAUUUGGGAUGGGCAGGUGUCUAAAUGGACAUCUAAGUCCCAAGAAGCUUUUGGAGAGGGCAGACAAAAUUCUGUGAGUGGAGGGAUGGAGGCAGCUGCCAUUUGUGUUCUGAAUGUGGUUUAAUGGGACAUUGCAGGGAAUUUAACACUGUUGAAGUCUUUUCUGGUUUGCCUUUGGAUGUGUAACUUCCUUUCCUUUUACCUUAUGGUUCCAACUUCGUAAUGAACACAGACAAACUGUUGUUCUGUGUCCCCAAACAGACAGGUUUGAGAUGGUUGCCCAGGCACCCAUUUCUAGCACUGGCUCUCUUGGAUCAAGGAGUUCAUUCCAUAACUUGCAGCAGCAUUGUAUGAACCAAAUGCUUUGAUAGUUAUUUUGUAUAUAAUUAUAACAGAG